AUGGCGGAACGCUACAUUCCCGAGCAUCGUCGCACCAACUUCAAGGCGAAGAGCACAUUCAAGCCUGAUGAGCUGCGUCGCCGCCGCGAGGAGCAGCAGGUCGAGAUCCGGAAGCAAAAGCGCGAGGAGAACCUUGCCAAGCGACGAGGCAUUGGUGCCCGCGGUGAAGGCGCGCCGGGCGCCUCACUGGGUGCCGCACCAGACAGCGAUGACGAAGGCGCGAACACAGAGGGACAGCUGAACGAGGACCUCCCACUUAUGGUGCAGGGUGUCUUUUCCGACAAAAUCGACGACCAGAUCACCGCCACCACCCGCUUCCGUAAACUGCUCUCCAAGGAGCGUAACCCACCCAUCGAGCGCGUCAUCGAAACCGGCGUUGUCGGUCGCUUCGUCGAGUUCCUCCGCUCCCCGCAUACGCUCGUGCAGUUCGAGGCCGCAUGGGCCCUGACCAACAUCGCCUCGGGCUCCGCGCAGCAGACCCAGGUGGUUAUCGAGGCCGGCGCGGUCCCAAUCUUCGUUGAGCUUCUCAGCAGCCCCGAGCCGGAUGUGCGCGAGCAGGCAGUAUGGGCACUCGGAAACAUUGCUGGAGACAGCCCGCACUGCAGAGACUUUGUUCUCGCGUCCGGAGCUCUGGCUCCUCUUGUCCGCCUUCUGGGUGACAGCCGCAAACUCAGCAUGCUGCGAAACGCAACAUGGACUCUCAGCAACUUCUGCCGUGGAAAGACGCCGCAGCCUGAUUGGAACACCAUUGCCCCCGCUCUUCCCGUCCUCGCCAAACUCGUCUACUCCUUGGACGAUGAGGUUCUCAUUGACGCCUGCUGGGCUAUCUCAUACCUCUCCGAUGGGUCCAACGAUAAGAUUCAAGCUGUAAUCGAGGCUAACAUCCCUCGCCGUCUCGUGGAGCUUCUCAUGCACGCAUCCACCUCCGUACAGACUCCAGCUCUCCGCUCUGUUGGCAACAUCGUCACCGGUGAUGAUGUCCAGACUCAGCUUAUCAUCAACUGCGGUGCUCUGCCCGCUUUGCUAUCCCUCCUCAGCUCCACCAAGGACGGCAUCCGCAAGGAGGCAUGCUGGACCAUCUCCAACAUCACCGCUGGCAACAGCACCCAGAUUCAAUCGGUCAUCGACGCCAACAUCAUCACCCCGCUCAUCCACCUGUUGAGCAAUGGCGACUUCAAAACCCGCAAAGAGGCUUGCUGGGCGAUCUCCAACGCAACCAGCGGCGGUUUGCAAAAGCCAGAUCAGAUCCGCCUUCUUGUGGCGCAGGGUGCCAUUCGUCCUCUCUGUGAUCUUUUGGCCUGCCCUGACAACAAGAUCAUCCAGGUUGCACUUGACGGCCUGGAAAACAUCCUCAAGGUCGGUGACAURGACAAGGAGGCAGCCGACGGCAGCGCCGAGACACCUGUCAACAAGUACGCUUUGUUCAUCGAGGACUGUGGUGGAAUGGAGAAGAUCCACGACUGCCAGAACAACAGCAACGAGGAGAUCUACAUGAAGGCAUACACCAUCAUCGAGAAGUACUUCUCCGAUGACGAGGGAGACGCUGAUGUCACCGACCUUGCACCACAACAAGGCCAGGACGGCCAGUUCGGCUUUGGAGCUCAGCAACAACAGCAGAACUUCAACUUUGCCAGCGGCGGAGACAGCAUGGACAUGUAA